AUGCAAGAAGAAACCGAAAGAACUGCCAGAGGGCCCCAGUCUCAGUUCCAGCAGGGACAUCAAAUCCCAGUGCAACAUCACAAGAAGCCUGGUCUGCAGCAUGAAAUGGAAGACCCAAAGCCUACUUCUACUCAGCUUCCGUCCGAAGAUAAUGGAUACCAGACAUAUAAAGCUGCUGGAAAGCUGACUGGCAAAAAUGCUAUCAUAACUGGAGGUGACUCUGGAAUUGGCAGAGCGACUGCUAUUCUGUUCGCAAUGGAAGGCGCAUCUAGCUUGAUCACGUGCUUGCCAGAAGAGGAGACAGACGCUCAGGAAACUGUGCGUCGGGUGAAGGAACUGGGCCAGAAAUGUUUCGUUCUGAAGGUAGACUUGAGAGAAAAAGAAAACUGCAAAAAGGUUGUCGAUGCAGCCUUGCAACACUUGGGCGGUAUCGACAUUUUGAUCAACAACGCUGGGACCCAAAAUAUGAUAGAAGAUAUCAAGGAUCUGGAUGAGGAGCAGUGGGUGUCUACAUUUGAUACUAACAUCCAUUCCGUUUUUUAUCUCUCAAAGUACGCUCUUCCUCAUCUGAAGAACGGAUCAAGCAUCAUCAAUUGUGCAUCAAUCAACGCCUAUAUUGGACGUCCAGACCUGCUUGAUUAUACCGCCACAAAAGGUGCACUCGUGGCAUUUACUAGAGGAUUGUCGAAUCAACAGAUCAAAAAUGGUAUUCGGGUCAAUGCUGUCUGUCCUGGGCCAGUCUGGACUCCCCUUAUUCCUGCGACUAUGAACUCAUCUGCCAUGGAGCAGUUUAGUGGCACUCCCAUGGGUCGGCCGGGUCAGCCCAGUGAGAUUGCUUCAUGUUUUGUGUUCCUUGCGAGCCAAGAUUCAAGCUUUAUUUCCGGUCAAUGCUUGCAUCCUAAUGGGGGUGUUGUGGUCAAUGGAUGA